AGGGCUUUGGAUCCAUUUCCCUCGGUCCCUCCUCUUUUCUGUCCAUCUACCUGUCACUGUGACUGCAAUUUAUCUUCAUGUUGAGUCCUAAUCUAACACACCAUAUCAGAUAGAGUUGCCCUGUUUCCUGGGGAGGAUAAUGGAACGGCUGUGGUUCUCUUUUCUGUUGCUGGCAGCAGCAUGCAGAGGACAGUCGUGUCCAAAACGCUGCAUGUGCCAGAGCCUCUCUCCAUCACUCGCCAUCCUCUGCUCCAAAACAGGCCUGCUCUUUGUUCCCACUGCCAUCGAUCGACGCACAGUGGAGCUACGUCUUCAAGAAAACUUCAUCACAGCGGUCCGAAGAAAAGACUUUGCCAACAUGACCAGCUUGUUACAUCUGACGCUGUCCAGAAACACCAUAAGUCAGAUUCUUCCUUCAGCAUUCAGCGAUCUGCGGCGACUGAGAGCGCUCCAUCUGGACUCCAACAGGUUAACUGUGAUAAAGGACGACCAUUUCAAAGGUCUCACCAACCUUCGCCAUCUGAUACUGUCCAAUAACCAGCUCCACUCCAUAUCUCCUCACGCCUUUGAUGACUUUGUGACUACUCUCGAAGACCUAGACCUCAGUUACAACAACCUUGACCAGGUGCCGUGGGACACGAUUGGGCGUCUCACCAAUGUCAAUACCCUGAACAUGGAUCAUAACCUCAUAGAGAAUGUUCCCCAGGGAGUUUUUACCAAUCUACACAAACUGGCCAGGCUGGACAUGACUUCUAACAAGCUGAAGAAGAUUCCCCCAGAUCCGUUGUUCCUGAGAAUCCCAGUAUAUGCCAAGUCUAAAGGCUCCCCGCUCUCUUCUCUCGUGUUGAGUUUUGGUGGAAACCCACUUCAUUGCAACUGUGAGCUUUUGUGGUUAAGGAGACUGACCAGAGAAGAUGACCUCGAGACGUGUGCCUCCCCUUCAGAUCUCAGCGCCAAAUACUUUUGGACAAUACCGGAAGAGGAAUUUAUUUGUGAUCCACCAGUUUUGACUCGAAAGUCGCCUCAUACUGUCGCUAUGGAAGGCCAGCCUGCAAGUCUAAAAUGUAAAGCAAAUGGAGACCCAGAGCCUGAGGUCCACUGGAUCAGCCCGGAAGGCCGACUUAUAUCCAAUGGCUCCAGAACUUUAGUUUUCCCCAAUGGAAGCCUGGAAAUCAACGUCACGUCCCUGAAGGAUUCAGGAAACUUCACGUGCAUCGCCUCAAACGCUGCAGGCGAAUCCACAGGACGGGUGGAGUUAGUCGUCACAGCAGUGCCUCAUCUUGCAAACAGCACGAGCCGCAGCCGAGAUCCUUCUUCUGAGCCGGCGCCCUCCGACAUCCUGACCUCCUCCAAAGUCGCAAUGCUUAACAACGAAACAAGAGGGGCUGACAGGAGGGUAUCAUUGGUGGAGCUCACAGGAAACUCUGCCCUCAUUAGAUGGAGCAGCCAAACUCCUACAUCCGGAGUGAGGAUGUUCCAGGUCCAGUACAACAGCUCCGGCGAUGACACGUUGGUUUACAGGAUGAUUCCGUCCACCACCAAUGAUUUUCUUGUCCGGGACCUUGCUGCAGGACGCAGCUACGAUCUCUGUGUCCUGGCUGUGUUUGAUGACGUCAUCACAUCGCUGACUGCAACGCGACCUUUGGGCUGCCUCUCAUUCACUACAGACACUGAGUUCAGUCAGUGUCAAGCACUUCAUAGCCACUUCUUGGGUGGCACUAUGAUCAUCAUCAUUGGAGGAAUUAUAGUUGCGUCUGUGCUGGUUUUCAUCAUUAUUUUAAUGAUCCGAUACAAGGUUUACAGUCAUCAAGGCACUGGCCAUGGGAAAGCAACCAUUGCAGGGACAGCGCCAAGGCCACAGAGCAACGGACAAGGAGGCAGCCAGGUUCAAGUCCUUCCUCACUCUGCCUCAAAGAUGACAGACAGUCAGGACGAACAGGUGCUGCUGCCAUCUAGGGCUAUGUCACCUAGCAACACUACGAAAGACACUGUGGCAUUGGUCGAGGAGGAGAGAAGCGAACUGUGCGUCAUGGCAAAGACGGACUCCUUGGCUAAUGAGGAGUUGCUCUCCCCAACCAAGGCCCGCUUCUCUUCCAGGGUUUCCGUUGAGAUGAAAAUCAGACCACCAUCUGUCACCAAAGAUCCCUCAUCUCCCAUGGAACUAGCAGUAGCAGAUGGCAGAAGGCCUCACAGUGUCGAAUGGAGAAACUUUAAGAUCUGAAAGGUCUCUUGACCUCGGGAAGAUAAGGCGCCAACAUGACCCUCAAAGAAACCCUGAAGUUGCUCUUCUGGCAGAUGUGGGAAAACAAACAUCACCAGACAGAAGAAGGUGGUGAAAACUCUCAAGACGAAAAGGCCCUGAAAGCCCAUCUCCCUGCAUCUCCUGUUUCCUGCAUCCAUUUCUUUCUUUCUAUGAAUAUCAUGGUGUUAGAGACCUUUACAGUCCGACUUGCUUUCAAGUGCUUUUACUAGUUAUCGCAUCUGGAUUGGACUACCGGUCAAGGCGUGGUGAUGGUGGGAUCAUCAGAAUUACUUGUACUCUAAGGGCAUUUUUCGAUCGGUAUCGGCGGGGAAAAGUGGAACGCUGAGGGGGGAAAAAAAUCAGCUGAAAAACAACACCGGCCUAUGACAAUUUUUAACAAUAAAGUGGAUAGUAAAUGUGAAGUAACAACCACUAUGAGGAGCAGCAUCAGUACAGACUGAGUGGAUGGUACAAAUACACAGAAAAUAAAUUCAUCAUCAUUAAACAGAACAUGGAUUUAAUGGUAAUCACACACUGGCAGGCUGUACAUUUCAAGUCUGAUGUUUUAUACAAACACACCCUAACCUGACGCACAUGGGACAUAUGCAGAUGAUGACUCUGUGAGGCUCCAUUUUAUUAAUCGAUACUGAAUAACACAGUUCUGUUAAAUGUUGAUAAACUAAGCUGUUCCACUGGCUGCUGAGCUGGAAGUGGAUCUGCACCGUGACUGGGCCACGCCAUCUCCUAAUUAGAAUCCAACCUCUGGAAACGACAAAGUAGGCAGAAAACACAAACUGAUCAAGACUCCUGUGGAGGAAACGGGACAAAUCUGAACACACUGGAGCCAACUCUGGAAAUCUAUGUUGAAUCAAUAAGGGAUGAUCUGUGCUAGACUGCACAGUUCUGUGUGUUACUGCUCAAGUCCUGUAUGCAUCGUUUAUCACUGGACGGGGUAAAGACCUUAAGGACUGUGAUCGACUUCUCUCACAUCUCUUCAGAAGCCUCUAAGCAGAUCCAGUCCUCGGAUAGAAAGCCACUUGCUGAGAGCCAAGAAUUACAGAUGAAGGAUUCGGAAAUAAUCUUAAGUAGCAGGGUACCAGAGCACAUCGGUCAUUAUUGACAUCAUAUAUCACUUUAUCAUAGUGUCCUUCACUACAUGUCACAAAAUGGUUUAACGUGAAGAAAAAAAAAUGCAGUAUGACCAUAAAGUACUCUACAAGCUGUGUUAUUAACAUCGUGACUGCUGUCAUUCAGGCACAAUUUGUCUUCAUUAUCACAACAGGGUACUUUUAUGUGCACAUGACACUGGUGAUGACUACACACAUCUCAGUUUUAUUUUUACUCAACAACUUCACCUCUGAAUAUGUAUUGCUGUAAACCAAUAAUCAGUAUUUUCCAGGUUUCUCUGUAAGAGUUUCUCCCUAAUUUACGAUAGUUUUACAAGACGAAAUGAGAUUAUUGGCCGAAUCAGAUAUAUACUAACCUUGUGUGUGCACCUAUUUGAACUAGUUUUUGUUUCACAGUGUCGCCAUAUAUUUGGCCAUGUUGGUGUUUGCACAGUUCCCUGCUGAUAUAGUUACAAGUGGUAGACCAGGAUCUGGGUGGAGAACCAUAAAAGACCCACACUAGAACAUGCACACCACAACAAAGAAGGAAAAACAAAAAAAACAUAAAUUCCUAGUCCUCACUUCUCCCCUCAUGUGUUCCUCUCACUUUUCUGGGGGAGGGGGGCUUUAUAUUUUCUAUGUGUACAUAAAGCAAUUCAAAAUCUAUAGUUUUGUACAUGUAAUUUUUAUGGUGUGUGGAUAUUUUCUAAUAAAAGGAAACAAAAUGAA